CCCACCCCCGCCCACUAUGCUCCUCUCAGCCCUCGCGACCACGCUCCUGGCCCUCGCCUCGCCCGCCUCGGCGGCAAUCUUCACCGCGCGCCCGGCGAACAGCACGAUCGGGCGCGGCGGCGAGGAGUUCACCCUCAAGUGGAUGGACGACGGCAAGGCGCCGUCCCUGGCCGACAUUGGGGUCGCGCGCAUCGACCUGUGCGUCGGCGGGCGCACGAACAACGCCGUCGUGCAGCAGAUCACGCCCGGCGUCGACCUCGGCAAGCAGCCCAACAUCACGUUUGUCGUCAACCCGUCUAUCGGCGAGAACGGCCAGUACUACCUCUUCAAGUACACCUCCGCGUCGAACAACGUCGUCGAGGGCAAGGCGUACGAGCAGUUCUCGGCCCGCUUCUUCAUGCAGAACAUGACGGGCUCGUUCUCGGGCGAGCAGAGCGCGCUGAUUGCUGCGGCUACCAGCGGCAGCGUGCAGCAGCAGCCCACGCAGGCGGUUGCGAACACUGUCGCCGUCUCCAAGUCGGCCGUCGCUGCCUCUGCCUCGGCGUCCGCCUCGGCGUCGAGCAAGCCCUCCGGCGCUGAGCAGCUCGCCGCGCCCGCCGUCCUCGCCGUCGCCGCCGGCGCGAUCGCCUACCUUGCGUAAUUGGGAGAGUAAAAGUAGCAAAAGUGCCGCGUAGUAGCUAGAACAUGGUCGUAAUGCAUUCGUUCUGCAGGG